UCAUACAAAGAGAGUGGUUUAGCUUUGAAGGGAUCAGUCCGAUUUGCGAAGGAAUCAUUCACGAACUGACUCGAUAAAUCAUGAACCAGACAUCACUACCCAUAAUUCCAGAGACAAACACAGGAAGAAAGGGAUGUUAUUAGUACGCCGGUGGCAGUGAAAUAAGAAAUAGUUGCUUUUAAUACCUGGAUAAACAAGACUGCAGGUCGCCAAACAUGUCUUUCAAAAGGGAGGGUGAUGAUCAAAGUCAGCUAAAUGUACUGAAGAAACGACGCGUUGCAGAUCUUCUGUCUAACUUCAUCCCAGAUGAUGAAGCUACUCUGAUGAAAAAUGGAAGAUACAGCUGCCUUGUGUGUUCUCACCGUCCUGUGUUUGACACUGUUGAUAUGCUCGUGGUGCACAGGAAGGGAAAGCAACACCUUGAAGGAAUGAAAUGGUUCUAUGGCAAAAAGAAUCACCUGCAACGUGAAAUUGAUAAAAGAAGACAUCAAGACUAUGUUAAAGCAGAAGAUGAUCAACAGGUAACUGAAUUCAUUUUCUUUAACCAGUUUAUGAACCAGUAG